AAUGAUUGUCCGUACUGCGUCAGAUAUGUCUAGCUAUGGUAAACUUAGCUGUAAUUUGGCUAAAAUUUUCCGUAGAAAAGUUUCACGUGUGGAAAGUUGUGAAGUGGAUUGUCGGUGCGCGUAGGAUACUACUUUGACUUCCAAUUAGCCUCUCGUUCAUUCCUGACAUUUUUUCCGAUCAUAACAUGUCUGUUUUGUCAUAUUCUGUGAAACAGCUAGCAACGAUGGGUUAGGCGGGUUUGUUUUGAUCAGUUGUUGGUAAACAAGAGGAUUGCGUGACCUACUUUUUGAAAGGACCUUCAAACAUUCACACUGUGUACCCAACUGUUUCACCAGUUGAAAAUGGGAGCUAAUGCUUCCCAGCUGGAAAAAGAGAUAGGAUCAGACCAGUUUCCCAACAAUGAACACUACUUUGGGCUGGUUAAUUUCGGCAACACCUGCUACAGCAACUCGGUGCUGCAGGCCCUGUACUUUUGCCGGCCCUUCCGAGAGAAGGUGCUUGAGUACAAGGCCCGCAACAAACGCACCAAGGAGACGCUGCUCACCUGUCUUGCCGACCUGUUUUACAACAUCGCCACACAAAAGAAAAAGGUUGGGACAAUAGCACCGAAGAAGUUCAUUGCCCGCUUACGAAAAGAAAAAGAGGAAUUUGACAACUACAUGCAACAAGAUGCUCAUGAAUUCCUCAACUUUCUCAUUAAUAAUAUCAAUGAGAUCAUCCUUGCGGAGCGGAACACACCGGUAGCAAACGGCAAGGGCCGGCCAACGGACUCGGAGGGCAGCUCGUCACUACAGCAGCAGGAGCCCACCUGGGUGCACGAGAUCUUCCAGGGCAUCCUCACAUCGGAGACGCGCUGCCUCAACUGUGAAACGAUCAGCAGCAAGGACGAGGACUUUUUCGACCUGCAAGUGGACGUGGACCAGAACACGAGCAUCAGCCACUGUCUGCUGCGAUUCAGCGAGUCGGAGACGCUGUGCGGCGACAACAAGUUCAAGUGCGACGUCUGCUGCUCCUACCAGGAGGCACAGAAGCGGAUGCGGGUGAAGAAGUCGCCGACGAUCCUGGCGCUGCACCUGAAGCGGUUCAAGUACAUGGAGCAGUACAGCAGGCACAUAAAGGUGUCGCACCGCGUCGUCUUCCCCCUGGAGCUGCGGCUCUUCAACGUGUCUGAUGACGUGGUGACCCCGGACCGGCUCUAUGACCUGGUGGCGGUGGUCGUCCACUGCGGCUCCGGCCCCAACCGCGGCCACUACAUCUCCAUAGUCAAGUCGUACGGCUUCUGGCUGCUGUUCGACGAUGACGUCGUGGAUAAAAUCGACCCGUCUUCUAUCGAGGACUUUUUCGGGUUGACCUCCGACAUUCAGAAGUCGUCCGAGACGGGCUACAUCCUCUUCUACCAGUCUCGAGACGCGGCCUGAUGCGUCGCUCCGCUGCGGAGACUGUGACCCGCGCUCUGCUCAUGCUCCCGCCCGCAGGAGAUCCACUCAUACACCUAACACACAGACACACAAACCUACCACACCUCGCACACACGGCAUACAUACACCACGACACACGAUAGACGGGACCGGGCGGCGGUGCCGGGUCGUACGACUCUCACAGAUGUUGAUCAUGCCAUAUGUUUAUUUUGGAAUCGGUGCUGCUGGCGCUGAGCUGGAGAUUGUGACUCGGGGAGGGGGACUGGGCGGCCGGUGAGGGGUGUGGGUGUGGCGGCCCGCCGUCCUCCGGUGGGACCGGCGGGUCUCUCAGGAAUCGCCGUGUGGUUGGGAGAUGGUGGGAGGCUGUCCCUGUCGUGGCAGCCCGUGCCGGACAGGACGGGACGGGCGGCCGCGGGGGGAGCGCCGCCUCUGAGGCUGUUGGCGGGGGUUAGUUUUGUAUGCGUGCGUUGGCUGGGGACGCUGCUCACCAGGGCGCCGUGUUGGCGUCGCGGGCGUUUGGAGGAAGGUUGUUACAUCCGCACCGACAUGCGCGAUAGAACAUCGAUGCGAACUUGCACUGUAUGCAGUGGUUAGUGUGUGUGUGCUGAGAUCUAUUGUGUUCGCGCGCGGGCGUGGUAUAUUAGGCUGUCACAAAUCGCGUACGGGCAGCCUCGUCCUGCCCGCCGAUCGGCUCUCAGAUAUAUGGCUCGAUAUUGUCGCGUUACGGGCGGUCCCCGCCGUCGUGCUGUUGUGGUGGGGCUCCUGACGGCCACUCUCGGACGCGCUCUCAGCAGCGGUCUCCAAUCGUGUCCUCCGUCAGUUGAUCGCUGUGUUCGGCCGGCCGGCGGUCUCACCCGCCGCUCCUAGAGGAACGACUCGGCCUCCCGUCUCCCCUGUCCCUCCAGUCGGGCGCGCUCCCGGCCGCCGGGCUGUUCCGGCGCCGGCCGCGCGAGACACGGUUGUUAUUGUUGACCAGCGCUGCGCCGGCGGCGUAGGCACCUAGUCUUUCCCGCCCUUGAUCCGCUCGGUGAGAGACUGAGUGCAAAGCGAGAGAGUGCGCGGCCGGCUGACCCGGCCGGCCACGCUAUUUAUUGUCGGGCGGUGCGGGGAGGGAGGUGGAAGGACGAGGGAGCGCCGCCUCUGGCCGGCUGGUCGUGGGCUCGGUGCCACCCUGCGGAGAUCAGAGCUGUGUACGCCAAUCGGCCGCUAGCAAUAUAGAUAUGACGUAAAA